AGUAAAACCAAACCAGACAUCAACAGCAGUGAGAAGUGUGACUGCACCUGCUUCCCGAAACACUCGCGCUGAAAGAACACAAUCAACAAACCAGUCACAGUUUGGCUUCGUCUCAGGCCAUUCACCCUUUCCUCAUCGCUCCCAUAAUCGCUUUGGCGUCCACCUUGCACCAGCCAACAUGCAACAAUUAUUUGAGAAAAAACUUGACUUUGGCAAAAGGCCGCGGUCCCCACACCGACGCGAUCCAACUGAGUGCAACAUCUUCUGCUCGGAUUUGGUAUCUUUUUCGUUCAUUGAGAAAGAGCUGAAACGAAUUGAAAACAACCUUGCUGUGUACAAACUAGAGAUUGAAGACUUGAUCACAGCCGGGCGACGUCACCGUGCUUGCCUGCCUCAUCUCAUGCGGGUGAUCCUGUCCGAAAAGCGUGAUUGGCUCUAUGUGCGGUUUGUGGACUCGUUUGCCUUGGACGCCUUUCCGAGCUGGCGGGAAGCAAAGAAUACAAUAAUGCUCAAGUUUGAAGAGCGAGGAGCCAGUUUCUCACCAAAGUGGCAGGAUACAAUCACAUGGAGAACCAGCAUUAGCAUUGAGAUAGGAACCAAGGCUCACGAGAUAGUAAAUCUCUUUGAAAACAUCAAGCAAGAUCGGCACAUUGUAAAUCUCAGCUUUCACAAUGGAGCCGGGGAAAAGGUUUGCCCAGAGGAACUGGUGCAACUUCUCGAUUGGUCUCAUGCCGAUGGCUUGCUGACGAGCGGAGUCACGGUGAGCCUUCAGUGCGGGUGGUCCGGCAAUAGCAACAAGCAUUCCAUCAAGCAUCUCUUGAACUAUUCUACUCGUCUCCUGAAGAGAUCAGAAAAACUUUGGUCUUCAAGUUCUAAGGACUCACAAAGCCGCACUCCCAGGGGCAAAAGUGAGAGAAAAAGAGCCUCCAAAAGCAAGGGAUGCCCCACAGGAGCAGCCAUUGUAGCUUCCAAGACACAACAAGGCAAAGCCAACGAGUCUUUCGCCGCCUUCUCUGGUUCCAUUCGGGCCUUGAGAAGAAAGCAUUCGGGUGGCAAACUUUGUUGUAAGAACAAAAAGGCAGAUGGCAUACAGAGCAAGGCAAGAGGAAAGCGAAAGGUCCAAGGAAGGUCCAAAAGCCAAAUCCUACCAAUUGUCAGAACAUCGACUCGCGUGGUAGACCAAGAGAUGCAAGAAAUUGCUAGAAGUAGCAGCCUAUCUGACCUCAAGGCACUAAAGAGGUCACUAGACAAGGCUAUUGCACAAAAGCAGCUAGAGGAGGAGGUUGCUAACAACGGGGAAGACUUGCCAGACUAUGACUGGGCAAGUGGAGCCUUUCUGAACCACCCAUGCCGUGUGCCGAAGGCAGCUUAAAAAUCGCCCACCUACGUACCGGUAUCAUAGUUAUCUAAUGAUAGAUUCUACCAUUGAAGACAGCUAUGUAGUGUCCUAAAGCAUACAACAGCUCCCUAAGAUAGCUGAGGGAAGAGAUACCGGUUCCAGUGGAUAAAUUUGUUGUGAAGUGCGAAGACAAUGUGAACAUGAUCAAGAAAUAAAUGAUGUGGACAACGGCUCCGUCGCAGGAGUUAAUUUUUAGGGGG